AUGACCCUCCUCCAGUUCCUGCGCCAGGCACGCCAGGUGCAUCUCCAAUUCCCAUCGGGUGCAUUGUCCGAGCCUCCAGUAUAUGUCCUGGGCAAUCCCUCCGCCGAUCUCGACUCCAUCAUCUCCGCCAUUGUGUACUCGUAUUGUGCCAGCACCCGUCUCCCUAGCACAACCCCAUGCCCCCAUGUACCACUCCUUAACCUCCCCGGUGUGCCCAGUGGCCCCGAGCUGUAUCGCUUGCGCCCAGAAUUUGUCACCGCACUAUGGCUAUCAACUGGCUUCCCCUCCCUGACACCCGACGAGCGCUUCGAAAAUUCCUCCGAGUCGGCGGGGAAGGUCCUGCGGGAGCACAUAGUUACAGUUGCGGACUUUGCACAGAGUCUACAGGAACAUACGACGUCGAAAUGUCUCGUUGCAGAUGCGACCAUGGUUGACUGGAAUGCGAUGCCCCAUCGCGUGGGGGGGCAGAAGGGACAUGGCUCGGUGGCUGGUCUAUCCGGGGUGUCUUUCCGUACGGUGGGGUGUAUCGACCACCACGUCGACGAGCACUUCGUACCUAGCCAAGACUCCCUCCCUGCCAACCAACCCUUGAUAAUUCAGCCGGGCCCGGGGUCGUGUUCGUCCCUGAUCACCAAUGAAUUAGUCAGACGCGGUCUCUGGGCCGCAGACGCGUCGUCCGCCGAAAGCGCGCAGCUGGCGAAGCUGGCACUGGCCGCAAUUCUGAUCGACACUUCGAAUCUGACGGCUGAAGGGAAGGUCACGGAUGUGGAUAUACAGGCCGUGAAGUUCCUUCGCGAGCAGGUUGCCAAGGAGGACCCGAAGUGGGACGCAGAGGCUUUCUACGAAGAGAUUCACUCGGCGAAGGCAAACAGUCUGGAUUUAUUGACUUUGGAUGAAGUUCUCGAUCGAGACUACAAGGACUGGUCCGAGACCUCUUCAUCUGGGGAAUCCGUCAAGCUCGGCUUUUGUUCGUCGGUCAAGCCGAUUCGUUGGAUCGUUGAGAAGGCGGGCGAGCCCCAGCAGUUCCUGGAUGCGGUACGUGCAUUUGCUGCCGGCAAAAAGCUGGAUGUGGUGGUUGUGAUGACCUCGUUCACCUCCGCCGAGGAUGAAUUCUCUCGAGAGCUGUUCGUUUGCGCAAUGAGUGAUUGCGAUGCUGCAGUCAAGGCGGCAGAGGCAUUCGUUGAGCAGGCAGGGUCACACCUCGGUCUGGAGCGAUGGUCACCGGUGGACUGCAAGUGCCCGGACUCGACAGAACAUGAGAUUCGGUCUACGCUGGAUGGAAACUCGGGUCAUUGGAGGCGCCUGUGGCUGCAGACAAAUACGACUGCCAGUAGGAAGCAGGUAGCACCGCUGUUGCGAAACGCGGUGGCCAGUCUAUGA